AAAUUAAUCUUUCCAGGAAGUGUUCCUGAAGCGGUCGCUGGAGUGAUUCAUUAGUAGUUUGGUGGUGUGACAGUUCGCAGCCCGCUGCUAGUAGCUAACUAGAAGGGUAUUUGUAGCUAGCUAUGUCUGAACAACACUGUCAGUAGUUAGGACUUGAUGUGGUGACUUGGAAAUUAAAACGGGUAGCUAAUGUAUUCAUCAACGGGUUUGUAAAUCCCUGCCGUGCAGCAUCCAAAUAGUUCCCAUGGUUCCCGUUGUGUCCGAGUCUCACAGCCAUGUGCUGGCAGAAUUUGAUUGCCUUGACCCUCUACUCUCUGCCCUACGUCUAGACUCUGGGAGACUUAAGUGUACCUGCCUGGCAGUGUCGAGGAAGUGGCUCGCCAUAGGGACAUCUUCAGGGGGACUGCACCUCAUCCAGAGGGAGGGAUGGAAACAAAGACUCAUCCUAACGCACAAGGAGGGUUCAAUCACUCAGGUGGCUUGUUGUCCACACGAUGAAGAUUUCAUUGCCGUGGCAACAAGUCAGGGGCUGGUGGUUGUCUGGGAGCUGCAACUGGAGCGACGUGGGCGUCCAGAGAGAGUGAGUGUCUCCUGGGAGCACCAGGCACAGGCCAUCACCUCACUGUGCUGGGACACCACUGCCUUGAGGGUGUUUGUCGGGGACGCCGGAGGCAAGGUGUCCUUUCUCCGUGCAGGAUCUUCCAAACUCGGCAAGGGGUCAGCGUUCGUGAUCUUCCCGGUGCAGACCAUCACCACGGUGGACUCUCGAGUGGUGCAGCUGGGCUACGCCGACGGCCGUCUCCUGGUGUCUUCCCUGAGCCGGUGCUACCUGUGUGACACAGAGAGGCAGAAGUUUUGGAGGGUUGGAAACAAGGAGCGAGAUGGAGAGUACGGGGCCUGCUUCUUUCCUCAGAGCCGAGCGCUGGCGGCGGGGCAGGCUCCCCUGCUGUACUGUGCACGCCCAGGGUCUCGAAUCUGGGAGGCCAGUUUCAGUGGAGAGGUCCUCAGUACUCACCAGUUCAAGCAGUUGCUUGCUUGCCCCCCUGUGCCCCUGAUCAGUUACAGGACUGAGCCCCAAUACAACCCUGUGCAGAGGAGUCCCCAGUCCAUGGCUUUUCCUAAACUCUUGUGCCUUGGAGACCAGCAUCUGCUGGCCUGGACUGACUCCGCCAUAUAUAUCUUCACACCUCAGACUGGCCAGGUGCUUCUGUGGUCAGAGGUCAAAGAUGUAGUGGAGGUUGCCGUCUACCGCAGUGAGCUCUUCUGUCUCUAUGGUGACGGGCAUCUGUCUCACCUCUCGCUGCUGUCUGCCGAGCGCUGCGUGGAGCGGCUGCUGCGGAGAGAGGCCUGGGUCGCUGCUGCUUCCGUCUGCUGCAUGUUUCAGCACACCAUCGCCCCCAGCAGGGUGCGUAAAUCGAUCCCUGUCGACCGUCUUGACCACCUCAGGUCACAGCUCAGUUCCUCCACACACUCCGAUCUGAUUGGCCAGUUGGAGGAAGUGAUCUCGAAACUAGAGCCUCUGGAUUCAGCUUCCAGUAGUCGCAGAAGCAGCAUCUCCUCUCACGAAAGCUUCAAUGUCCUGGAUUGUGGAAUCUAUCGUGUCAUCAGCCGCAGAGGAAGCCAAUCGGAUGAAGAGACCAGCUCCCUUGUCAGCCAAUCCAUGUUGGAGGAGGAGCGACUGAAGGAGUUCAGUUUUGGGCAGGAGGAAGACCAGGUAGACCAUGAGGGCUCGCUACACCUGCUUGCCACAUCUGGUCUGUUGCCCUCCCCUCCAUGGCUCCAUCCAUCUGUCUUCCUCUCUGCCCCUGUCCUCCAUCUCCAUUCAGAUCACCAGAGCAGUGAGCAUGUGGAGGGGGAGCGAUCUGAGCCCAGCCUGCAGUUCCAUCUCCCUCUCUCAUUCCGCCCUAAACCCCCCCGCAUCGCUCUGCAGGCCGUCAGAGACAGUGUGACGAGCUUUGUGAAGAAGACGACUGACAAGAUCAACACCCUGCAGAUGAACUCGGAUAUCUGGCUCCGGCCUGACCACAGGGAGGGUGGAGGACAGGCCGAGCUCGUUCCCUCCACCGCACCACUUCCUGAAGAGCCGGAACACGAGGUGUCCGUCAGUCAACCGAACACGGAGAAUGACCUUCAGGAACUUCGCACCGCUACAGAGCGAGCCGUCUUCCAGAUCCAGGACCCACUAGUUCUGCUGGACCCGGCAUGCUUAGGUGAAGCCCUGGAGGAGUGGCUGCCUGUGCUGGAGAGGGUUUUAGGACCUUCGGUUGAAGGACACCUCGGUGUGGAGGGGUGGGAGAGGGUCCAUCCAGAAUGUGAGGACCAGUCCCCAUCGCUGGAGGAACCGCCGGCGGACGAGGGCGAGGAGAACGAGAGACCCGAGGAUUCCCCAGCGAGUGGCGAGGAAGGAAACCAGAGGUCAGAUCAUCUCCGUCCCGAAGGCGGCGGUGAGGAGGUGCCUGUAACGUCAAACGGCGCUCCUUCCGAACCCGUUCUAGUGCGGCCCCCCAAACCCCUGCCCUCCGACCUCCAGGCGCAGCUCGGACGACUGGCCACGUUGUUUGUGGAGACGCGCUGCUUCAGAGGGCCGCUUAAGCACCCAGGGGUCGCGACCUUCAUGCGCCGCUACUUCUUCCUGCUGGAUCAGGAGCGUGUGAGGAGGAUGUGUGUGCUCAGUUUCCAUGAGCACCCAGAGCUCCAGAGCUCCUUCAUGGAAGCCAUGCUAGAACUGACGCAGUCUAACAAGGUGGUGGAGGUGAUUCACAAAGGGGAUCUUCUGAAGUCUCUGCGCAGCCUGCGAGAGUUACAGCCCUGGAGCGCUCCUCAUCUCCUCGCUCACCUCCACAGGUUGUAUGAGAAGCAUGGGGAGGUUGCAGUGCGCUCCUUCACCCAGUUCUAUCCCACGAUCCUUCCCUCAGACGUCAUGGCCAUGGCCCAGCCCAGCCAUUUCCUGGCGUACCUCGACAAUCUUGUGCAGUCGCGUGCUGAGGAACAGAGAUCGGCGUUCCUGGGCUCCCUCCUCCAGCCCGAGUCGCUGCGUCAGGACUGGCUCCAGCUGGCGCUAUCCCACGAUGCUCCCCAACAGUCUGACACCCUGACCUCGGACGGGCAUCCCAGGUGGCAUUCGCAUUUCUUCUCAUGGGGGUAUGGCCGCUUCCUGUCUCUCUUGAUUCGCCUGCCAGCUGACCUGGACUCCAAGCAAAACAUGGCUGAAACCUGCAGGAGAAACGGAUACUGGACUGGCUACCUGUACCUGUGCUGUGAGCUGCAGCAUCACUCAGAGGCCUUCUCUGCUAUCUGCAGGCUGGAUGACCUCAGUCUGCUUGAGGAGCCCAAAGGUGUGGUGCCCCAUACCCUGGAUGAAUGGAAGACUGUGAUCCAGAUGUCCCAGCAGUGCAGCAGGCCGUUGGACCAGGCCCAGGCAUGCGCAGGGAGCAGCAUGCCUAACGGCUCCGCAGACAGCAGAAACCAGGUCAGCCCUGAGAGCCUGACUCUGAGGCUGGCUAGGGUGGUGGGGCCAGACCGGGCCCUGGCGGCCCUGCAGGAGUGCGGGGUGGAGGUGGAGCUCAGGCCCCACUCCGCCCUGGUCUGUGAGCUGCUGAGGGUGGCAGAGAAGAGGCAGAGGGCCCUGAUCCAAACCAUGCUGGAGCGCUGUGAUCGGUUUCUUUGGUCCCAACCUGCCUAGCUGGUUCCAGGGAGAGGGGCCUAGCCGCUGCCCAAAGCCACAUCAUAAACAAGCUAACUUGUUCUUAAUUUGACAGUGCCUAUUAACUUCCAUGUCCUAAUGUAGGAUUGAGCUUUCUUCAGUGUUCUGAUCCAGCAAAUGUCUUCCAAAUGAAGAGUGAUAUUGUAUCUGCUUUGACUAACCUCUCUCAUUGACUUCUUAUGGCUGAACUGUUGUUGCAAAAAAAAAAAAAAAAAGCACAUGACCAUUGAAUGAAUUUAAUCAAACCAGUUUAAUUUAACUAUGCUAAUCUAUAAAUAUUUAUUGGAAUAAAGUAUUUGAACUUUGA